CCAAGCUUCACGCCAUCCACGCCAUCCACGCGCAGCGCCAACACCAACCAAGAAGAAACUCGUUCAACCUCCCGCAUAACAACCCGUCUCCCACACAACACCUCAACGCCACAACACCACAACACCACAACACCACUAAUUACAUCUCACCUCCUCCCCCGACCGCCAUCGCCACCACGACGAUGGAUUUCUCCACGAUGCCUGGCCAGAACAGCCUCUGGGGCAACACCGUUUCCUUCGGCGCGAACAAUGUAGCGUCAGCGACAACAACAACACAGAGCGCACCCGACAAGAACAAGGAGAAGCGGUUCUACGACUGGCACCAGAAGCAGGGAAUCAGCGCACCACAGGACUACAACACCUUUGCCAGUCAGCCGGCUCCGUUUUCGGGCGUGCCGGUGAAUCCUGGUCAUCCGACUGCGGCUUCGCCCUUCCUUCAGAAAGUGUUGAACCAGCAGGCGGGGAACUUGCUGAACGGUGGUGCUGGAAGUAACGACGCGGACAUUAUGGAUGGCCGGAGAAAACCUGGCAUCAAGCGGACUGCGUCCUCUUCCCCCCCAAGCAGUGGUGGUGGUCUAUGGCCCAAACACAUGUUCGGCACGCGACCACCUUCCCGUACCCGUGCCCGUACCUCCUCGACCCCCGACAUCGCCGGCGACAUCGUGAACGAAGACAACGCCCCACCCCUAGCUAGCAUCUACGACAGCUACAGCGCGACGCCCGCCGCCGCCGACACCAAGCUUCCCAUCGAAUCCUCGAUGACGCCGACGCAAGUUCGGGUCGCCAACUUUAGUGAAGACCGCUUUCCCGACCUGAUCCGUGCGCUGCGACGCUAUUACGGCCCUAUCCUCGAGCCCUAUUCUGGCCUUCCCGAGAGCGAGAGCAAGUUCUCAGAUCCCGAGAUCAUCCCGCGGGACCAGCUGGAUCUGGCGACGGCAAGGAUGGUGCAGCCUAUGAGCGGACGUGACGGAGGACCAGGCCCUUGGGUGCGGAUCACCUUCCACGACCGGGAAGCGGCGGAAAGAGCUCUCGACGGCAGUGGCAGGGGAGAACUCGUCGUCGGCGGAAGAACAGUUGUGAUCUCGCUGUGGGAAGAGAAUGCGGUCGUUCAGCCCGAGCUCCCGUUCGCCAUGGAAGUCGAACCCACACCCGCCCCCACCACCCGAACCUUGCGAAGAGUCAGCUCCACCGGGAGCGGUAGACGUCCCAGCAUGUUUGAGGAACCGGUCGAGCAUGGCGUACAGCUGUCGGAGCACAUGCCCGGCGCGAAGCUGCUAGUGCCAAAGCAGGUCGAGUUCGCAAAGAAGGAUGGCUGGCUCGGUGGUUGGGCGAAUGCUCUCAUCGGUGCGGGAGGUGCAAAGAAUGCUCCCAGAUCCAGCGAGCCGGCGGGGGGCUGGGGAGCGACGCUGGGAAGGAUCUAUCGCUAUGUCAUGGACGAGGUUGUGGGGUUCAAGUAUUUGUAGCUGUGAGAUACCGUAUUGUCUGGGACUGGUAGAUGAAAAGGGCCUAUGGGAGGAGGGGGAAUCUUAUGAUUUGUAUUGUUUGCGCGUUAUUUCUUGGUAUCCUUUUGGGCAACCGUACAGCAUGUAUUGUACCUGUACUCGUAACUGUCUAUUGAUUGGGUUGGCGUUAUGACUCUAUUUCUUUUGGCGAGCUAGUUUCAGAGCGAAUCGAGCAAUACUCGGCCGGUGGAUACCGUAAUGAUCGAAGCGGUGGUGACGGUGGAUGAUGAAUCGUGCUCAGCCCGAAAACAGCCUCC